UUGCUGACAUAAUGGAGACAAUGUUGGGUAUUAGGGGAUAUGAGUGCGCCAUGAUGGCCUGCGAUACCAUGCAAGCGAAAACCUUGAUGGUCAUACGGAAAAAUCAAUCGAAAUUCUUUCCCCUCUCAAAAUACUCGGUGAUGGCCGUGACGGGAGAUGCUGGCGAUAGUCGUCAGCUCACCAGACUCGUCUCCAGAGAUGUUAAUCUCUAUCAGAUAAAGAACGGCUACUCGAAGAAUCCGCGCUCGGUGGCACAUUCUACACGUAACACAUUUAUGGAAUACGCCCGCGCCCACAACAGAUAUUUGGUCACAACAAUGCUUGCCGGCUAUGACGAAAAGGAUGGACCAGACUUGCACAUAAUUGACUCCCUUGGCUCUGCAUAUCGGUUCAAGCAUGCCGGCCAUGGCUACGGCAGUGUUUUCACUUCGACAAUACUGGCGGAAAAUUGGCAUAACAAGCUCACCGAAUCGGAGGCUUACGAUAUACUCAAGAGGUGCGUAUCGGAGAUACAAAAGCGUUCGUUGGUUGAGCUGGAAAAUUUCGAGGUUUAUGUGGUGGACAAGGAUGGAGUACGGCAGCUCGAAACUAUUGAUCCGAAAUUGUUGAAGAUGGACUCAAUUGUAAAUUUGCCACAUUAGUUCUGAUUCUAUAGACAGAUCCCAUCUCUAUAUGGCGCUAUUUCACACUGAAAAAAUUAAUUGUUUUUUUUUUAAUUAUCUUGGCAACCAAACAGACACUUUAUAUUAUAUGCUUAUAUAUUAGUUAGUCCUUUAAUUAUGGCAACCACAGAAAUCCUACGCUUUUAAAAACUUAAUAAAAUGCAGUAAUCUAGUAA